GAUUCGUCUGCACAUGUUGUCACUGUCAGUUAACGUACUAGUAAAAAGUGCAAUUUUCUUUACAAAUUUUUGUUAUAAAUCCCGAAACAUCUUGAAAUGAAUAAUUGUUUUAAACCGACCCGAACUGUUUUGAUAGCUGUGGGAUCUUUCAACCCACCGACAAACAUGCAUCUGCGGAUUUUCGAGCUUGCCAAGGAUUUCCUGCAGAAGAAUGAUCAUGAAGUACUUGGAGGCAUCAUUUCACCUGUCCACGAUCAGUAUGGAAAGAAGGGUUUGGUAUCGGCUGAACACAGAUGCUCUAUGCUCAAGUUGGCAGUUGAGACAUCUAACUGGGUUAACAUUUCUGAAUGGGAAACCCAGCAAGAAGGAUGGACCAGAACGGCAGAAAGCCUCAAAUUUUACAAGAAAGCUCUUAAUGAUAUUAACAGUGAAUUUGACUGGGCCAAAAAGAUUCAGGCCAAAAUGUUGGACAAGGAAUUCCCGUUGAACAUCAACUUAAAACUUUUGUGUGGUGCAGAUCUAAUUGAGUCUUUUGCUGUCCCUGGACUCUGGAAAGAUGAAGAUAUUGAAGACAUUGUGAGUAAUUAUGGAUUGGUGGUCAUUUCACGUUCUGGGUCCAAUCCGCAGCAGUUUAUUUAUGAAUCCGAUUUGCUCACUCGCCUGCAGAGAAAUAUCAGCAUAGUUCCAGAGUGGAUAACGAAUGAAAUCAGCUCAACCAAGAUUCGAAGAGCUCUAAGCCGUGGCGAGAGUGUUCGAUACCUGACGAGCGAUUCGGUAAUCAAUUAUAUUCAGACCAAUCGUCUCUACAUCCAGUGAGCCGGAAGUUCUGCCAGUGCUAUUGCUAGUCUAUCGUUUCAACCGCUUAUUUAUAAACAUUUUGGUGUAUGUUUGGUACGUAUAAAAAUAUAACUUGGAAGUCUACUAAUCAAAAUUGAAAUGUU